UCCAGAAACCAAAUACAAAUUAAGCUUAACCCUCACGAGGCUAUUGAUAAAGUGAGCUAUUGGCGGGGACUCACACGCAUCGAUUCGCUUAUCGGUUAUCCGAGGGCCCAGCUGCCCGGUUCGGAGUGCGAGCUCCACUCACAGAUUAUGCUGCAACAUCCCGCCACCGAUUUCUACGACCUGGCCGCGGCCAAUGCGGCUGCUGUGCUCACCGCCCGGCACACGCCCCCCUACAGCCCGACGGGGCUGAGCGGGUCGGUGGUCGCGCUGCACAAUAAUAAUAACAAUAAUAGCACAAGCAAUAAUAACAACAAUAAUCUCGACAUGCUCACGCACAACGGAGGCGGCGUGGGUGUGGGCGUGGGCGUAGGUCUGGGCGGUGGACUCCACCUGAGCGGCGGCAGCGGCAAUGGCGGCGCUGGGGCCGCGGGCGGCGGCAGCGCAGCGACAGCCGGACGCGAAACUCUGCCCAGCUUCGGCUUUACGCAGGAGCAGGUGGCCUGCGUGUGCGAGGUACUGCAGCAGGCGGGCAACAUCGAAAGACUGGGCCGCUUCCUUUGGUCGCUGCCACAAUGUGAUAAACUGCAACUGAACGAGUCUGUGCUGAAGGCCAAGGCGGUCGUCGCAUUCCAUCGUGGUCAGUACAAGGAGCUGUACCGGCUGCUCGAGCAUCAUCACUUCUCGGCCCAGAAUCACGCCAAGCUCCAGGCCCUGUGGUUGAAAGCGCAUUACGUGGAAGCCGAAAAACUGCGCGGAAGACCUUUGGGUGCUGUGGGCAAAUAUCGUGUUCGCCGUAAAUUUCCACUGCCCCGCACCAUUUGGGAUGGCGAGGAGACGAGCUACUGUUUUAAGGAGAAAUCGCGUUCGGUAUUGAGAGACUGGUAUGCGCACAAUCCGUAUCCAUCGCCGCGCGAGAAGCGCGACCUGGCCGAGGCGACAGGACUGACCACGACGCAGGUCUCUAAUUGGUUCAAGAAUCGACGACAACGAGAUCGCGCCGCCGAGCACAAAGACGGCUCUACGGACAAACAACACUUGGACUCGUCCAGCGAUUCCGAAAUGGAGGGCAACAUGCUGUCCAGUCAAAGCGCACAACAGCAACACGCAGCCGCCGCGCACCACUCGCAUCACUCGCAGCAGCAGCAGCAGCAGCAGCAGCAGUCGCCCAGCAGCAGUAACAACAAUAAUAUCAAUAACAAUAACAGCAGCGGCAACAACAGCAACAGCUUGCAUCAGCAUCAGCAGCAACUGCAACAUGUUGCUGCCGAGCAGAGCCUGCAACACCAUCAGCAUCAGCAACAUGCUGCCAGCGCAGCGGCAGCGAGCAAAAGCAGCGCUGCAGCAGCAGCUGUUGCUGUCGCCGCCUCCCAAAUGCCGCCGCUCUCCGCCGCCGUUGCCUACUCGCAUCUGCACAGCGUCAUGGGCGCCAUGCCCAUGUACGAUAUGGGCGAGUAUCAGCACUUAUGAUUCUAGUUGGAGGCUGCUGCUGCUGCCAGCAGCAGCAACAACAGCAGCAGCAGCAACCACAACGGCAACAUGCCCUGCGAAUGGCCAGCAAUGCUGCGUCAACGCCAGCAGCGCAGCCAGCAGCAUCAGCAGCAGCAUCCGGAAAGCUUUUACUUCUGAGGCAGCAAUAAUUGAGAUCACAUCCUCGAAGAUGAUUCGUGUAUAUCAAGAUCCAGAUAGCAGCAGCAACAAAUUUUAAUUAAUCAUGAAAUAGCAGCACUUGCGCAUAAUAUGGCAUUUUUCAAUAUCACCAAGACAGACAGAUAAACAGACAGAGCGGGGGGGGUAGAGGGGAUUGCAGCAUAAUCUGUUGCUUAUCCUCGAUUAGCAAAAGAAUGGAUUACUUAAACUUCAUUGAUCUGUGUAAAUAGCUAGGCUUUAGUUUUAGAGCGGGCGGGCUUGGGAACGGAACAGAGAAUCUGUUGUCCUAGUAUGGCCUGAAUGGAUGUAAAGUUGAUGACGAUUGGCCGUUCUCUGCCCAACUGCGAAUGCAAAUCAAAUUGAAAUGUGCAAAAAUUAUACAUAAAUUCUAUUAAAUUAUUUUCAAUGUAUUUAUAAUUAUUAUUUUUAAAUAUAUGAAAAAUAUAAAUAAUUACAUUCAA